AUAGGAACAACACGAGAGGGGAUAACGGAAAUACAGAAAGCUGUUAAAAAAUAUCUUAAGAAUAUAGGAUUAUACUAUAAAAUUCAAAACUUUGUAGGCGUGUGUAUGUCUCCGAUAUAGUAGGUGGCGGUAUGUACCUAAAAGUCAAGGUUUCAAUCUGCCAUUAAACAAAAAGAAGAAGAACGGUCUUCAUGAAUUGGAACAAGCGUUCUGAUUGGACGGAGCGAGAAACGGGGACCCUAAUUGCUGGUGCACCACUUGGAACAAGUUGGAGCAGCUCGUGUGUUUUGUCAGAACUCUCUAGCAAGUUUUUCUAAGCGACUAGCAACAGAAAACCUAACAACUUGUUUUCUAUUAGAGACUUUUCUCGGUAACCCCUGAAAGCAGCAACCGCUCUGGUGUCACUGCCUUCAACGAGUGCUGCAGGGACGAGGCUUCAUUUGCUGCACUCACAGCACAGGUGGCCAACGUCAGCAGCAGCCGCCAUCUUUUAGUUUUGGCUAAUUCGACACAGAAAGCUGCGUUUAUUAAAAGAUGCAUGAUGGGACAUCCAGCAAGUCGAGGCCCGGUUUGCUGGCUGAAGACAAACAAACACAGUAACGUCAGGCUGGUGUUGUGGCGAUCAAACACCUUUAAGGAGAAGUUGGAGCUCUCCAAUCGGUGGUCACCAGUGUACACCUGGACUUGAAUGCAGCACGGAGCACGACUGGUGGAGGAAUGGACCUGAACGGGGAAACCCGGCUGCAGACGAGGUUCCGACUCCAGCAGAUCUACGGGGGUCUGAUCUGAGGACGCCCUCCUGCACUACACCUCAGUCUACCCUGACUUCAUGGAGGCAGUCAGGUUCCACCGGGCCUUUGAGGAGGCGCAGGCCAAGUCAUCUCAUCCAGGCUGAGGAAUAAUUUGGUUCUAAGACAACCAAAUUAUUCCUCAGUGUUACCUGCAGUUUUUAAGGUUUAAUGGAAUAUAAAAUCAUGUUUUCAGCUUUGCAGCUUUCGUGUCGUCACGGCGUUCUCUGUCUGGGGUGGAGAUGCAGGCUGCGUUGAAGAAGCUCAGCUCCUCAACUAAGCCUGCAGUUCCAGAAACCCAAGACCAGCUCCUCCCGCCCAGGCCCCCUGUGGAGCCCAGCGACGAGGAGCUGAUGAGGGCCAGUGGUGACACGGAGAAGUCUUCAGAUAAUGAUGCAGAGGCAGGUCCUUCCACCUCCUCCUUGCCUCAGGGGGAACCUGCCGUCUCCGCUGAGCUGGGGGACCCAACUGACCAGGAGCUGCUGGAGGCCUCGGCAGAAGGCAGAGCCUCGGUUCAGCCGCUGGACCCUCCAGAGCCGCCCAGCAGACAGGACGCCCAGCUCAGACGGGAUCCUCUCUCUGCUGCUGAGGCAGGUCCUCCCACUGCCUCUCUAUCUCAGAGAGACCCUGGUGUCUCUGUACUGGGUCAGCCUAAUGAUGAGGAGCUGCUGGAGGCUCCAGAGCCGCCUACCAGGCAGGAUGUCCUGUCCAGACGGGAUCCUCCAUCUGCUGCUGAGCUGCUGCCAAGUCCUGGUGGGCAGCUCUCAGUGCAGAGCAGCAGGACUGGAUCAACCGGACGCUGUUUAUGAGGGACCGCCUGGGGAGGGUUGAAAAUGGAUUCCACCAAGAAGGUGACGAAGAAGCUCGCCGGCGCCGCCUCCAGCAUUUCCUCCUGGGUUACCAACAUGGGUAACGAGCACGGCCAGGUCCUCAUCAGCGUGUUUCGGCUCCUCAUCUGGCACCUCGUGCGUCGUUAGCAGGGAGCUAAGGGAUGAAAUAAAGAUGAAAAAUAUGCUGCUCUCACUUUGCAUUUUUAUACAGAACUAACACGUUUUCCCAGUGUGAUGGACCGAGCAGCAAGGACAGUUAGGCACAUGUAUAUUUUCAAAAACGGGGUUCCUUUAUUUAACCCAAAAAGGAUAAAAUGUACAAAAAUGGAUCCAGAAAAGAGGUCAAAGGAACAAAACUACUCAAAAUAACUAAUAACAGAACUAACUCAAACAAACUGACCUGCCUCAAUGGAACAAAGAGGAAUUUAAAUAGUGGCUGAGCAGUCCACAAAAGAAACACAUGGGGUAAAACAUACACAAACCUAACUAUACCAAAUGAAGCAAAACCCCCAUUUCCCCCCAUAGACUGAUUUGGUAUGGUCCAAAUCAGCUCAGCCUCUUGGCCACCUGCUGCUUCCUCAGCCAAGGGACUAGAGCAACUGAAAAACUCAGUCAUAACAAAACAGGGUAAAGCAAAAUGUGCACACUAAUUUUGAAAUGCAGUGUUAUGGUGAUAAAUAAAUUCCAAAUAAUGAAACGUCUCUGUAAAUGAAGCCCUAUUUGAAAAAGAAACUAAAUUACAUAAAUGAUAUUUUUACCACAUAUGUGUGGCUGUAAAUGCAGCCAUCACACCCAGAUUAGGUAGGAUUCCUCCGUUUUCUCUCCAACUUCCUAACCUUGUGCUUCAAAGAACGCAGCUCUGAUUAAACCAGGGAGCAAGCUGCCGGUGAAUAAUGACCUUCUUUUUCAAGUGAGCUACAUUGUCUAAUGCCAAACAACUAGGAAGCGACACUGUCAACAAAAACGUCAAUUUGUGAAGAAAUAAAAGUGCUGCCUGCUGAUACUCGGGAAACCUUCUUUUGGGGGUGGAGCACUAGGUUAAAUUGAACUUAAAGGUUAUUAAACAUUGUUAGUUCUGACAGGGUUGUGAGGAAAUAUUUCUUCGCAAUCAAUGUAAGCACAAGGUCCAAAGUAUGAAAGCAUAAGUGCGCCGGUUUAAUAACAUUUUGAACAAAACCAAUAGAA